AAUCUUAAGCUGACCACCAUGCCUAGGAAAGUGAUAUCUAAGGAGAUCUUACGUGGGUCAGUGGGUCUACCGUCCUCUUCUAUACCAAUAACAUCCCCUGCUUUGCAGCCAAUGUUAUGUUAUAUAUAGCAGCAUAGCACUUUUGGACCCCACGUGUUCUCAAGGCAUAUAAAGUACACGUGGAAAGGUAGGCGGCGCUCAGUGCCGUGUCUCAAGCGUUUGACUGCCAUCAUUCGACAUAUUCGCUACCUCCUGCGUUCUACACCUUGCUUUCACCCCAAAUGGCCCCUGAGAAGGACGUGGUGAUCGUGACCGGCUGUGGAGGCAUGGGCAUUGCCAUUGCGCGCCGCCUGGGCAGCGGCUGCCACAUCGUCCUGGCCGACUAUUCACAAAACGCGCUCGCGAGGGCUGUCCAAGCACUUCGCGACGAAGGCCACCGCGUGGAAGGCGUUCAGACAGACGUGGCUGAUAUCAGUGCGGUCAAGAGGCUCGCGUUACAUGCCGCUGGGCUUGGCGCGAUAAGAGUGGUCGCUCACACAGCUGGCGUGGCCAUGAAUCAAGCUCCUCCCAGUCGAAUCUACCACGUUAACCUAUGUGGCACAGCGAAUGUGAUCGAGGCGUUCUACCACUUGGCGACAGUCGGGACUUCUCUAGUCGCAAUCGCCAGCGCAGCCGGACACCGCAUUCAGGGUUCACUCUCCCCGGAUUUCGAACGACACCUGGCGACGGCCCCAUUGCAAACCUUGCUGCAGCAUCCCGACUUCCCUCCAGGCGUUUUUGACUCGGAGACCCAGAGGACAGACCAGCGUUCCCGCACGAGCGCAUACGCGAUCUCCAAGCGAGGGAAUAUCCUACGCGUUCAGGCAUCUGCACCCUUGUGGGCGAGAAAAGGUGCCAGGAUUAAUUCAGUCAGUCCUGGGGUGGUGCAGUCCUUUAUGAUGAAGGAGGAGCUGGAGGGGCCUGCGGCGCCUAUGCUUCGGGACUCCAUUGAUCGCACUCCUGCUGGGAGGAUGGGGACGACGGCUGACAUUGCAAAUGCGGUUGCCUUCUUAUGUUCAAAGGAUGCAGUGUUUGCAACAGGCGGUGAUUUAUUAGUUGAUGGAGGAUUGACGGCCUUGAAUGUUUGGGGCAAUGGGGGGUUGGAAUCGUCUUAUAGAUCUAACAUAUAAGUGGUACAUCAACGCUCACCCGUGGUGGCCAUUGAUGUUCUAUUCUACCGGCCUACAAAGCCUAUGUCCAUAGAAAUAAAAAUUAUUUUUUCUUCUCCUCUC